AUGGCGCUUGCCGCGACAUUGGCUGGGCAGCCUGGCUGGGUUUGGAGCGUCGUUGCGGUUUGGCUUCUUACUUUCUUCCUUACAGGCUUUGACAAGGUCUAUCUUAUUCUGUCCAUGAUUGCCUUUAUUUUUGGGCCUGGUCUUGGUGAAGGCCGUGGCGAGUACUCGGCCUACUCAAUUUUCAACAAAGGGCAGAAGCAUUUGCUGGGCGACCUUCGUGCAGAGCAGCUGGAUGCAGAACAGCGUGGUGACCACCAUUUGGCUGCCUUCGCAGGUCGCGAGCAAGAUGGAGGCCUCAUAGACCUACCUGGUGCUGAACUAGCUGAGGAUCAGCCGGUGAUUCGGAGCCGCGAUGCCAACCAGCCUUGCCCAUGUGGCUCAGGCAGAAAAGCAAAGCGUUGCUGUUUCGAUACGAGACAGACACGCCAAAGAUCUGACAGUAGUCCCAGCUUGCCCAAAGACGGCCCUGAUCCGCUGCUGGAGCAGUGGCGAUCUGAAAUGGAAGUGGUCGCUUCUGGACAUGCAAAGAGCAAGUGA